AUGCCAAUGCCGCAACACCCACCGCAGGCAAUGCCAAACCAGCAGAUGCUCGGUCAGCGCCAUGCGUCGAACCCAGUUGAAGCUGCCGUAAGGCGAAGUCGAAAGCCGACAGAUAAGAAUCUACCAGAUAAUGUGGAAGAUAUUGUGAUUGGUGACGUUGCGCAACAUUAUAAGCGACUUCGCGAGGUUGAGAAACGGCUGGACGCGUCUAUGGUUCGGAAGAGACUUGACAUCUACGAUUCCAUAAAUAAAAAUGCGAAGAGAUACAGGACAAUGAGAAUAUGGAUAUCCAACACGGUCGAGAGUCAACCAUGGCAACAACAGGAUUCCUCCAAUUCAGAGGGGGCGAUGGGUACGAAGUUAGGUGCCGGACGAUACAGAGUUAAAAUCGAAGGGCGACUGCUCGAUGAGGCCGAUCCCACUGCACCAGAAGGGAGUGAUGAAGAAGAAGAAACUGAAAACCAAGGAGGUGAGCCUGGCGCAAUGGAGGAGGACACACCAAGCGCAAAGUCCAGCAAACCAAUACCGCAGCGAAAAAGACUAUCUCAAUUUUUCAAGUCGAUAACUAUCCACUUUGAUAAACCGACCGAGAAUGGAGUCGCAGAUUUGGCCACAAUAACCUGGAAUAAACCUGAUGUACCAGUCAAUGCCGCGACGAUGCCGCCGAGUGCCGAUUUCGAUACCCUUGAAUUUUCUCGGGCAGCAGAAGUUAACCUGAAUGUGACCAUUAACCUCGUUAGAGAUGAGACGCCUGAAAGAUUUCAGCUGAGUAGAGAGCUCGCCGCCAUUCUUGACGUAGAAAAUGAUACACGCGCUGGAAUUGUGGCCGGAAUAUGGGAAUAUGUUAAAGCAAUGGGCCUACAAGAAAAUGAGGAAAAGCGCACGAUUCAAUGCGAUGACCGUUUGAGAGCUAUCUUUGGCUGUGAGAAGAUGUAUUUCCCUGCCAUCCCUGAGAGCACCACAACACACACUGCGACUCUUCCGCCUAUUAAGCUUCCGUAUACCAUCCGCGUCGACCCAGAGUUCCAGAAGGACCCAAAGCCCACAGUUUACGAUAUCCGUGUCGCUAUCGACGACCCUUUACGCGCCAAACUUAUCUGUCUUACUAACUCCCCCGAUUUCCCCGCAAUGCUCCGUCAUGUAUCCGGUCUUGACGAUCAGGUAGCACUCGCCAUCCAAGCUUUGCACCACUCAAAGGCAAAACAUUCUUUCUACACUGCCAUGAGCAAGGAUCCAGCGAACUUCAUGAAACGGUGGAUAAACAGCCAGAAACGAGAUUUAGAGACCGUGCUCGGGGAAACCCCACGGCCCGGGCAAGGUGAAAGAGGUAUGGAGUUCAGGCGUGGCGGUGAAGGCAGUGCAUGGGAUACAGAAGUUGCAAGAGAAUCCGUCAGAUAUAUGCUCGCAAAGCCGCCUCGCGCGACAAGGUAA